AUUACCAGUGCCCCAGACAUCAUAAGAUUCUUCGGUUCAAUACAGUCACUCAGCUUUGAACGCAGUUUUUCGACGACUGAAGUGUCAUGAGUAGUCCCAGCAGUACGGCGGCCGUCGUCUCUUCGAAUCACAACAAACGGCCACGCGAAACCAACAAGCGACGCCAACACUACACCAACAAUCCUCAACGAGGCGGACCAGGGAUUUUACUGACGUGCGAAUCAGGGCGAGAAGGUAAGUGCCGACGGGAAGGUCUUGAAAUUUUGCGGUUUUACUGGAAUACCCAAACCAAUGCCCCCAGCACACCGAGCAAUGAACCGAAGCAAUUGAGUCUCGAAGAAGAACUUAUUGCCCUCAAAACGAAAAAGGAUCCAAACGACGAACCUUUUGGAAUCUUUGAUACGGGAUGCAAGGGGACUGUAUUCGUGAUGUGCACGCUUCCUAAUUGCAGCAUGAUAUCACCCAUAAGGAAACCAAAAACCCAGGAGCCGUCAGAGGCCAGUGUCACUUCUGAACAUUCGAUAGACAGAUCAAAGAAACGUCGCUUGGACGAAAGCAACGGUAUGAGUACCACAUGUACGGCACUGCAAGAGCAGCCUCCUUGGGAUCCUGUGCAGACUGUCCGCAAUGUGGUUCACGAUUUGUCCUCGGCCGAGCUGUCGAACGCGGCCAUUCCGGGUUCACGCUUCGUCACCCGCAUGAUUCCCGUGCAGGCAACUUGUUUUGCGUCGCUCGAUGAGAUUGGACUCGUGUUAGACGGACUUUUGGAUCGUCUCUUACCGACAUUGUCGUCGAAGAAAUCACACGAAGCGCCACUGACUUUUUCGGUGAAUUUCAAGCGACGAAAUUGCACGGCUCUGACCCGGGAUGCGGUCAUUAAGCAAGUUGCGACUCAGAUUUUUUCCCGAACAUUCUGGACGGUCAAGCUGCGUGAACCGGAUUUUACUGUCCUCAUUGAAGUUUGCAAGACUCUAUGCGGGAUGUCGAUUUUGCCAAGCAGCUGCCAGACUAUAGCGCGAAAUUUCAAUUUAGCCAAUCUACGGACUAAAAGGGGCAUCGCUUCGGAAUAA